UGUUCCUGUAUUCAAAGCCUCAAAGGUUUGGUCAUCAUGAGAUACACCUGCAUUGCUAUCAUCUUGUGCAGCAUCUUAAAAAAUGCCAGUGGCCAGUACAAUGUCAGCGGCAAACUUUUAGUUUUUCUCCUUGAUGGCUUACGGUAUGACUACCUCAACAAUCUGGACACUUUUCCUGGGUUCCAAAAGAUUGUGGAAAAUGGAGUGAAAGUGGAUUACCUGACUCCAGAAUUCCCUAGUCUGUCCUUCCCAAACUACUACUCACUAAUGACAGGCCGAUACACUGAAGUGCACCAGAUGAUUGCUAACAAGAUGUGGGACAUGAAACCAAAUACGGAAUUCAGUCUUGAUGACCCUCUGUGGUGGAAUGGAUCCGAGCCGCUCUGGGUGACCAUGCAGAAACUGGACAAGAGGGUCUACAUGUACUACUGGCCAGGGUGUGAUGUUGAGAUUCUAGGAGUGAGACCAUCCUUCUGUGAACCAUACAAACCAAAUAUAACUGAGAAGAACUUGACAGAUGCCAUGGAACAUGCCCUUGAUGCGCUAAAUGAUGGUCAAGCUGAUAUGGCUGCCGUGUUUUAUGACAAGGUGGAUGUGAUAGGCCAUUUAUUUGGGCCUCAGUCACUUUCAGACGAGCUUCAUUGUCUGGAUAGAGCCAUGAAGGCUCUCAAUGAAAAAGUUGUGGAAAAAAACAUGAGCGAUGUCCUGAACAUUGUCAUGUUCUCUGAUCACGGCAUGUCAGAGAUCACAAACCUCAUUGAACUGGACAAACACAUCAAUUUGUCUGAUGUCUUCAUGGUGCUGGACGUUGGUCCUGUCAUGAGCCUGUGGCCUAAAGAAGAAAAGUUUGAAGAGAUAUUCACUGCUCUUAGUGCACUGGAAAAUAUGACAACCUACCGCAGAGCUGACAUCCCUGAUCGAUUCAAUUACAAAAAAGGGAAAUUUGUUUCAACUCUGACCCUUGUAGCCAAACCAGGCACGGUCAUCACUCCUACUUUUCAGGCCGUAUUGGACCUUCACUUCCAGCCAAGUACCAGUGGAGGCAAACAUGGUGCACAUGGCUACGACAAUGAACUUGUUGAGAUGAGAGGGUUCUUUGUAGCAAAAGGCCCAGAUUUCAAAAGCAACUUCCGUGCUGGACCAAUCAGAGCGGUAGAUGCCUACAGUGUCAUGUGUCAUACUCUUGGGAUCGAGCCGCUCCCCAAUAACGGCUCAUUCGACCGCGUGAGGGCCAUGCUGAGAGAGUCCAGUACAGCGGUCCCAGUAACCCAGGACAGCUGCCUCCUGGUCUUGAUAGGACUGUUCACAUGUUUACAUGUGUCACUUCACUAAAAUCCAUCCCCAUUGUGUUUCAUCUGCAUUUACCUCAAUGCCACACAGUCAGUAAAUGAGCCUGAAAAGAAUGCAACUUUAUUUCUGUGCUUCAGAAAAUAAUAUGUUGCUCAGUAUCCAUGUUAGAUAUAUAAAUAAAUAAUUGAUCUACUGUAGUCUGUGAAGGGAAAAGGAUCAAGAUGGAAUUAAACAUUUUAUUUGAUACUUGUGUUUCUGUAAGAUCUACACUAUUGAAUGGACUCUUCUGUUAAAGCAAUCUCAUAUAGGCCUACUGUUCCUUAUAAUCAAUACUUCCAUUGUCUUGCGAAUUCAUUCUUCUGUUGGAAACUAACCUUAGUUCUUCAAGUUCUUCUCUAUUUGAUACUUCUGUGUCAGUAUAGCUGGUGUGUACUGUAGAUGGCAAAUCAUGUGUUGUAUGACGAUAAAAAUGUUCAUAAUGUCCUUGAUUCUUAAUUAACUCGUUGUAUUGUCCAAAUAAUGUGUGUGUGCAGAGAAGGUGUAAUGACACAAUGAUGCAAUGGUAUUAUACGAUGCAAGGUAGCCUAUAAAUGUGUGUGUGAGAAACAACUGAUUGUCUCUUGGGAGCACAGGCUUAGUCUCCAAAUCCUGAAUGCCUGGGGCUGGUUGCACAAAACACCUUAAGGUUUUCCCUUAAAAUCUGAUUUAAGGCCCCUUAAAAUAAGAUCAGUUGCACAAACACCUUAACAUUUUCCCUCAAGUAUUUAAGGUUUUUUCCUUAUCUUGUUAGAAAUCCCUUAAACCGUUGCACAAACGACCUAGCAGCCUAUGUUAAUGCUGAUUAAUGAAGUUAAUUCAUCACUUUUGAAAAUGUAAAAUAAAACGUCUGCUAAUAUCCUUACUCUA